UAACAGUACUAAGGUUGUAUUUGAAAUGGAAAGGUGUGAAGGCAAGCAGGCUUUAGUCGCAGACGCUUCGCAAGACCCCAAGUUCAGUGUUAGCGUGCGACGUGCGCGCGCAAGUCGGUCAUAUUUGUUACGUUCGAUUUUUAAAUUUCGCGCUGUGCAGUGUUCGUGUUUGUUUCGAUUAAAAUAAAACAGAAAAAAAAUUGUUUAUGGUUUAAAAAGAAAUUUAGUGUACUUUUUUAACUGCCGACUUAUAUAAGUAAAACAAAAUGCCGGCGUACGACAAUGAAGGUGCGACCAUAUCGAUGGAAGACGUCCGGGACCCGGACGACAGUACACUACGAAUAGGUACAAUAGAAGAAGAGCUAGCUGCUAGAAGGAACCGGAUGUUCAAGACACAACAGUCCACAGUAGCUUCUAGAAGGCAGCAAGCCGUAUGUGUCAGAAGGGCCCAUAAGAAAUACGGGACAACCAAAAAUCCUAACGUAAUUUUGGACGGAUUAAAUAUGACAGUUCCUAAGGGUGCCAUAUACGGGCUUCUUGGAGCAUCAGGAUGUGGUAAAACAACACUUCUUUCCUGCAUAGUUGGAAGGCGUAGACUGAACUCUGGUGAAAUAUGGGUGCUUGGUGGCAGGCCUGGUGGACCUGGUAGCGGAGUUCCAGGACCCAGGAUAGGAUAUAUGCCACAGGAGACAGCGCUAUUCGGGGAGUUUUCGAUUCGGGAGACGAUGAUCUACUUCGGCUGGAUAGCUGGAAUGACAACAAAGGAAGUCGAUGAAAGAAUAGAUUUCCUAGUAACGUUGCUUCAGUUACCAAAUCCUACGAGACAAGUCAAAGUGCUUUCCGGAGGGCAGCAGCGUCGAGUGUCUCUGGCAGCAGCACUUCUUCAUGACCCGGAACUGCUCAUCCUGGAUGAACCUACUGUGGGAGUAGACCCCGUUUUGAGGCAAAGCAUAUGGGACCAUUUAGUGGAAAUCACCAAGGGUGGUAGAACGACUGUCAUCAUCACCACGCACUACAUCGAUGAAACUAAACAAGCCAAUAUUAUCGGUCUUAUGCGUGGAGGCAGAUUCCUAGCUGAAGAGUCCCCGAUGGAACUAAUAAGGCGGUACAAUGGGGAGAGCCUGGAAGACGUGUUCCUCAAGUUAUCAGUUCUGCAGAACAGGGGCAAGAGACGACGUUCGAGCAUUCUCGCAGAUGUGGUAGAACGAGUUGAGAUCCCAGCUAUACCUGACCCUACAGUCGAUACCGAAGAUCCUGAAGUGGGAGAGAUCUCGGGAGAGUUUGGAGACAACGUCUCCAUGUCCAGUAAAGGGAGGGGUGUAGUCGCUGAACCGACUGUGGUAGAAGCUCUACCCCCAGAAGAGAAACAUCCGAGGGGUAUACUUGAGAGGAUACAGCCUAUGAAGAUGCAUCACAUGCAGGCGCUAGUUUGGAAGAACUUUUGGAGUCUGUUCAGGAAUUUUGGUUUACUGGCGUUCAUCAUUGGCCUGCCGAUAUCACAAAUGUUCCUGUUCUGCCUUGCCAUUGGCCACUACCCGGUUGGCCUGCCAAUAGCAGUGGUCAACUACGAAGCUGGUGCCAACAACACAGACGUGCUAUGCCAGUACAACAAAAACGAAUGCCCUCAAGACCCGGACACGUGGGAGUGGAAUUUGACAAGAUUCAGCUGUCGAUAUUUGGACUUUUUGUCGCAAAGACAGAAUAAUUUGAUCGCUUAUCCAUCUGAAAGCAUUGCGAUGGCAGAAGCAGAAAGAGGGAGAGCGCGAGUGGUGCUGGUGUUUCCUUCGAACUUCUCAGCGAGUCUGCAGGACAGGCUCCGGGAUCCAAGACACGCUGAUGUUUACACCAUAAUGAGCUCGGAUAUACAAGCACAUAUGGAUGAUACUGAUAAGCAAGUCGAAUGGAUGCUGAAUCGAGACCUCCUGCUGGCGUUCAUGGAGGCGACGGAACAUCUGUCGGUAGUAUGUAACCUGCCAGGUAGACUUCUCGCCACACCUGUCUAUAUUCACAAACCAAUUUUCGGGUUGGAGGUCCCCAAUUUCACCGAUUUCGCUGGUCCAGGAGUUAUUUUAACGAUCAUCUUUUUCCUGGCGGUCGCUUUGACGUCGGGAUCGAUGUUGGCGGAGCGGAAUGAAGGGAUUCUGGAGCGGUCCUUAGUUUCGGGAAUUACGGGUACGGAGAUACUCUUCGCACACGUCAUAGUGCAGAUGCUGGUCAUGAUUGUGCAGACUGUGACGGUUCUGAUCAUCGGUUUCCUGUUCUUCGGGCUGACCAUCAGGGGCCCGGUGGUAUGGGUGGUAGUCCUCACACUCAUGAACGGACUGUGUGGAAUGACUUUCGGUUUCGUCGUGUCCUGCUUAUGUGAUAAGGAAAGAACUGCCACGUACUUAGCGCUUGGCUCAUUCUUGCCCAUGAUGCUGUUGUGUGGAAUCAUAUGGCCGAUUGAAGGUAUGCACAUCAUUCUUCAAUACAUCAGCUACGUUCUACCGUUAACGAAGUCUACUGAGUCUUUAAGGUCCAUGCUUCAAAGAGGCUGGUCGAUUGGAGUACCCACUGUCUAUUCAGGGUUCAUCUCCACCACAAUAUGGAUAAUCGUCUACCUCACGCUUAGCAUCUUGCUCAUCAAGUUUAAAAAGGGCUGAAGGACUAUUAGAAAAUUCUAGAAUUUAAGAUUAACAUGUUUAGCACACCUGCCCGGCCGAUUCUGUAUCUCAGUUGACACCAAGUUUAGCUAGCAACUGUGGACGGGUCACCCAAUAACCUGUUAAAUUCUGAGUCCUUAGUUUCCAACUGAGUUCAUUUCAAUUUGGUUGUCAGAUACAAUUACGUCAUUACCCACUACAGGGAACGGGUCUCCUCCCACAAUGAGAAGGCGUUAAGGCCGUAGUCCACGCUGGCUCAGCGCGGGUUGGUGGACU